AAAUAAGUUUGGCGUGAUACAAUCGAGUGAGUGACUUCCGGAAACAUAUUCAGGUGACAUCCGUUCAUCACUUUAUAACUCAAUACGAUUUGGAUGAAGAACCCACAAAAUGGACAAGAAAAAUUGCAAUAUCAACGAAAACUGGAGGCCCCGUUGACUGCAGGUUCUCCGUUGCUGAAUCAUCUUCUGCAUUGAGAUUCUUCUGGUCCCGUUUUCAAUGAAAAGAGCUACCCAAUUAGCAUAAUAUUUGCCGCCGCCAAGUAUGGACGACUACAUGAGAGUUGGACUUUGUCCAAACAUGCCUUAGACAGGGCGAUCGACCUAAGAAGAUUCCAGCAAGCAUUCCGAUGAUUUUCGAGAAGAAUCCAGAAGAAAUAUAUAGAUACAUAUGUCACACUUGAAUGCCCAGAAGUGAAGAUCUGCUCACACCGUCCGAUCUUGGCACAUCGAAUGGCUGAUAUCUAUCGAAAAACCGGUAAUUAGAAGCUAUGAUCAGUCUUAAGCGGGAUCCACGUAGUUAUACUUAGGGAGUUGAAUUAGUGUCUGAAUCGGUUCGAACUGCUUAGACAAAUUCGCCGAGCAGGCAUGGCUAAGACGAUUUGGUCAUCGACGUGUUCAUUGGAUCGCCCUUGGCAUUUGAUGCAAGUGCUCCAAGAAUGAAAGUUCUGUUCUUCUCAGGUGGAAUGCAAACGUAAUAAGACCGAGACCCUUCGACGAUACAAACACGGGCUAACUUUAGUGGAUGCCAAACUGGAAGACGUCACCGAAUACUGGUCGUGGACUGUAGGGGAGCCGAAUGAUCUGCUAGGACCAGGUUACCGGUUCUCACAGUAGCACGUCAGAGAGCUCUAUCAACAGGCUGGUGUCGGUUUGUGCUUGUCGGCCUCCUGAGGCUCUGACCCGAAACCCCCCUACGAUCGAGUCGUGUCGUCACCAACAGACCGGCAGCGGACGCACGUUAUAACGACGUUGCAGUUAUGACAAUGCUUGAGAAAGUCUACAAAGCAGCAACUACAACGUAUGUUCAUGUAUCGCUCAUAAUGUUGGUCACGUCUUCAAAACGGAUCGAAGGAGAAUCAUCAUCGGGAAUACUGUACGUAGAACAUGCACUAGGAGGAGUACGGAAAGCGGGGAAUGAUAGACACUGGGAAUAGAUCGUAGGAUCAAGAUGAAGUUGUUCUUUGGAACAACUGAUAUACAAAAGGACAUGUGAGUAUGGUCUCUGUACGAAGUGUACGUGUCCGAAGAAUAUGUGGAGCAUGAAACUUGAAAGUCAAGAGGGGUUCCGUGUUUUCAUCUCCAUUCAACUCGCAUCGCCGAGCUGUGAGUGGCACAUGUAAUCGUGGUACGAAUUGGGCUCGAUAUUGUGACCUUCGACUUCCAAAACGAAGACUCCAACGACGAUGCGUCCGUCAAAAGUCAGACGAUCGCUGAGGCCCUCCCUGUAUUCCAUUCCAUCUCCGCUGUAAGGAACGCUGUCUCGGGACGAGGUGGGUGCUUCAUUGGAGACAACUAAUUUGUUUUCGGUUCAUAUCCUUCUUUUCCCGAUCGUGUAAUGUUUGGUUCAAGUGAUUCAACUAGAGCAAAAAAAUAGAACGCUGUUCCAAAGCUCGCUAUCAGCAGGGCACAGACGAUUCCUGACGGUUCCCACCGCACCGAAACUUAUUAUUCAAAAUAACCGAAGAUCGAACAGUGAGAGAUCGGAGAGUGAUGAGUUUUGUAUGUAGACAGUAAAGACAACGAGCCAUGAAAUGAUGAGUGUUGUGAGAAGUGGG